AUGGUUGCUGUGGAGUUGGUGAUUCUUGUUCUUGUAUUGUGGAUGGUCAAGAGUUUUAUUGCGAGGACAUAUGGCAAGCAAUAUCGUUUACCACCGGGGCCUCCUGCCCUACCGCUCAUCGGCAACUUACCCGUGUUCAUGACGGGAAAAGCUCCAUAUCGCGUGAUGAAGGACCUCGCUGACAGAUACGGCAGUGUUUUCUCUCUGAAAAUCGGUUCAACCCCAUUUCUCGUGCUCAACGACGUCGACUCGAUCAGGGAAGCCCUUCACCAUCGCGCAGUCGACUACGCCGGGCGGCCGUGCCUCUAUUCAGUUAGCCUGAUGAGCCGAAACAACUGCGAUAUCGUUUUCGGAGACUACACCCCCGGUUGGCGGCUGCAUCGUCGGGCCACGGCGGCGGCCCUGCACAAGAAUAUCCGUGGCAAGGGUUGCGAGGCAAUGGGAAUUAAAAUAACCCGUGAGGCGGAAUAUUUCACCCAACUCCUAAUGAAGAAAGCCGGACCUGUUUGUGACAUCGAAAACGAGCUCAACCUCGCCAUCAUCAACAUCAUUUCACAGCUCACAUUCGCCACUAGAUAUACCUUGGAUGACCCGGAGUACCAGGCCCUGGUCGACAGCAAUCAAAAAUUCUCCAGUCUCCUGAAACCUGGCGACCCCAUUGAUGUUUUUCCAGCUCUCUCGGUAAGAUUUUGA